AUGCCCUCCACAACACUCCCCACACCCACACCCGACGAACUCGACGACCUCAUCUACUUUACGCGCUCAGGUGACCUGGAAAGCCUGAUAUCCCUAGUCACCGCGCUGUGCGGCACGCAUAAUUGCCCUCCAUCCGUCCUGCUAGCUUCGUCCAUCGACAUUGACGCCGAGGGUCUCGGCUCACAGUCCUCUCUGCUCCACUACCCCGCGGCAAAUGGCAACCUUGAGAUCAUAACGCACCUUCUAUCACUGCUGGCACCGUCCGAGUCGCUCGGCGCCUCCCCUUCCGCGACGACGGCUGACAAAUCCGCUCCUUUGCUAGUAAAUCACAGAAAUGUGUCGGGAAACACGCCCUUGCAUUGGGCUGCGAUGAACGGGCACUUAGAUGUGGUGAAGGCAUUAGUGAAGGCCGGCGCGGAUCCGACGAUCGUCAAUGAAGCGGGGCGAGAUGCCGUAGUAGAAGCGGAGAUGAGUUCGAAGGACGGGGCGAAGGAGUGUGCGGAGUGGAUGUUGAAGCACUGCGAAGGGCUAGAGAAGGGCAUCGGUGACGAUGGGAAUGGGGAGGGUCGCAGUGGUAGUCGGGAGGUUGAGGAAGAGGCGAAAGAGGAGGACCAGAACAUGAAGGCUGCCCAGCUUGAUGAAGGUGGUGAGAAGUCGGAAACUGCUGUGACGAACGGGGAACAGAAAGAAACGUGA